ACAUCAGGCAGCUGUCAAUGACAUAUUCGUUGCUUCGUGUAAUUUGUGAAGUUGAAAUUUUCAACCCAUUUAUUUAUUAUUGAAUAUGGUUUUUAUCAACAGAUAAUGAGUUUUUGUAUUUUGUGGAUUAAAGGCAAUUAACUGUACAAGUGUAUAAGAUUAAAUAGUUGUGAAUACUUUAUAAUGGAGGAUCUCAAUUUGACAGAAACCGAGAUGAGAUAUUUCGGUGAUUUGUUUUUAUGUUGCGAUGAGGAAUCCAACGGGAAAAUACCGAUUCUUAAAGCCACAGAACUUUUUAGAUCAUCGAAUAUACCUAAUGAUGUACUAAGACAGAUCAUGGAUAUGAGUGUGUCGCCUAAUAGUAGUUCAUCUUUAAAUCACAUGAAUAGAAAGCAAUUUUAUUCGGCCUUAAAACUUAUAGCAGCCCAUCAAACUAACAUGGCAUUGAAACCUGAACUUUUAUCAACACCUCUAGACCUUCCUUUGCCACGGUUCACAUGGGCCCUUAACUCGGAUGCAAAUGCAGACCUAAUACAGCUAUCCAACUCUCCUAAAGAGCAGCACAUUUCGAAAAGGGAAAGAAAUUUUGUUGAGAGGAAUCUAGGUGCAUAUGAACCAAUAAGAGUGUCACUGAAUUUGUCUGAUAGUGAUGUUCCUCAAACUUUAUCACAUGAUGCUACAGAAGCAUUGAGUACCGACUCUGAAAUUGAAUCAGAAACCAUGUCACAAAGGAGUGGUUCUUGUGAGAGACGGGCGAAAACUGGAUCCCCAUGGAGUACAGCGAGUGAAAGUCCCACUCCAACUAACAGUGUCGCAGAAAGAGUCCACCCAGUUUGGGAGCAUAGUGCGACUGGUAGAGGUGUAUGGCCUACCAACACAGCUGAGGAACAUACAAGACUUUUAGGCACUGAAGAAGAGUCAUCGGACCGUCACUCGUCGGAGGACGAGGCGGAGGCGGAGGGCGACGUGUUCGCCAUCAGCGAGGCGCAGGCGCGGCAUUACGCGUCGCAGUUUGCGCAAUUGAGGCCUGAACGGGGCCUGCUGUCUGGACCUACUGCUCGAUUGUUCUUUGAGAAAUCUCGUCUACCAGUUCCAGAUUUGCGUAAAAUUUGGCAAUUAUCCGACAUUACCAAAGAUGGAAUGUUAACCUUGGAAGAAUUUAGCAUAGCGAUGCAUCUCAUAGUAUUGAGACGAAACAAUAUACCAGUGCCAGAUGUGUUGCCGGCUUGUUUAGUGCCCAAGGUGGACUCGCAUUUCUCGCAACAAGCAGUAACUACGGACCUCGUUGAUUUAGGCGCUGAUAUGUUUAAUUCAGGUACUUCCGCUGAUUUCAAUUUCGCACCAAAACCAGAAACUAAUGACCCCUACGAGAGCAAACCAGUAAAGAAGGCAGAAGAGAGGCAACCUACUCUCUCGCCACCAAAACCUGAACCGCAAGUUAAUAAUAAGGAAUGGACCAAGUUCGUCGACUCCCCAACGUUCAGCGUUUCUAGUCCUGGCCCCAAACCUGUGAAUUUCGACUUCCACAAAUCGGCUCUGGAAAGAGAUCCCAAAAUUUUUCAUCCGGUCGCUUUGAGGGUUACGCCAGAAGCGAACACUCUUCCCCACGAGGCUGAGUUGCGUUCGAGCACGUCUCCGCGCCGCGAUGACAUUGCCCACGCUUUCGAGCUGACAAGUCCGAAACGAGUCAGUUCUCAGAACGAACAACCGUCAAAUGGAAAUUCAGAGAUCAAAUCCAUCCAGCGUCCGCAACCCAAGAAGCCCGUGAAGAGUGUUGGGGUUCUGCCGCCACCUCCAGCUCGGGAGUCGUCCGUGCACGCCGAGGAAGGCCCCCAAUCCCUUCAAUAUGCGCCCAAGAAGGACCCACCGCCGCCGCCUCCCCCCCGACCGAUACGGAACCACACCCGUUCCAGCUCGUUGGAUUUGAACAGAUUCAAAGGGGCCGCGCCGCCCCCCCAACCGCCGCCGAGAAUGUCUCCAUCCGCCACGUCACCGCCGUCGAGGCGCCUGGUGAACCAGAAGAGCGAGGGCGAGCCGGCGUUCCCGCCGGACGCGUUCGCGCCGCGGGAGUACCGGGAGUACGAGGGCGAGGGGUUCGGGUACAACAGGGAGGACGCGCCUAAGAUGCACGGCGCGUUCGAGGUGUACCGCAAGCCGUCCAGGGAGUCGUCGUGCGAGGCGGACCCGGACGUGAAGGCGCUGCAGGAGCAGAACGCGGUGCUGCACCGCGUGUGCCGCGCGCUGUGCGCCGAGCUCGCCGACGUGCAGCGCGAGCGCGAGGGCCUGCGCGUGCGCCUCGACGCGCACUCCACCCCCGUCUAGUCACUGCGGGCCCUUUGCCUGCCUAUUUAUUGUCCUCUGUCUGUACAUAGACAUAUUCCAUGUAAUCAUUUAAUCGAUAUAGGUAAUCUCAUAUUAUUUUGUUUGUAUUACGAUCGUAUUUAUGUUAGAUUUUAUUGUUGUACUUGAUGUCGCUACGGACCUAAAUGAUUAAUUUGUGUCAGUUUCGGUUUGAUGUUUCAUUCGAUAUUUGGAUUUUUCAAUUCUGCACAGCUAUUUAUAUGAAGAGGCUAUUUUAAAUAAUAAUAACUAACGAGCACUAUUUAAAUUAAUGACAAAAAAUUGCGAAACUUCCAGAUGUACUUUCUACUAUUUAUUGAAUCGGAGUAUCAUGUGCUUACCUAUAUACUUUUUCAUAUAACUGUCGCUCUAAAUUUGGCCAUCAGUAAUGUCCACCAAAAUAUAUUAAUUUUAUCUUUGUGAUAGUUAGUGAAUUCGGUUCGAUAAAAUCUACCUCAAAAUUUUUCAAUAACGAGAUUAAUCUUUCAGCUAAAGCUAUGCCAAUGUAGACGGAUAUUUAAAUAUUAACUGUUAAGAGUAUUUUAUUACAAUUAGUACAAUGGAUAUAGUAAUUCUGUGAAAUAACUUAAUAUUUUUUUGAAAUAUAAAUAUUGUCACGAAUAAUUUGUAGCCAUAAAGUAUGAAGCAUAAGCAUAAAGCAUUUAUUUAAAAUUUGACAAUUCGACAGUACAAUACUGUAAAUGUAUUCGUAAUGAUUAAUUUAUGGUCUUACACUGAGAUCGAGGUAGAACCGCUUGCAUUGCAUUCCUUUUUUUAUAUAAACGCUUUAUGAAAAUAUAAAAUUAAAAUCUAAAAAAAUGAAUUAGAUUUCGCUAUUUGUGAAUGUUGUAUAUUAUAAAAUAACAUAGGUGUUGUAUAAAUGGAACGGACUAAGGAAAGCUAAAAACUAUGUGAUGUGUUUUACACAAGAUUGUUAUUUUAAGUAGAUAGAUAAUAUUUGUCAUCUAAAAAGUUUUAAAAUUUUGAAGCUGGCAACAUUUUAUGCUAUCCUUGCUAGCGAUUGUUAGCUUAAGUAUAUAAAAAUAGUUUAUAGUGAUGAAGUGUGAACAUGAGUUGUAACUUGUAUAAUAUAAUAAGGUUAUUAUAAAAGCAAAUUUGUUUGAAAUGUACACCAUCUUCGUGUAAAUACAUACUUUUAUUUUUUCCGAAUGCGUUGUCAUUUGUAUCUUAAAGCUUUAUUACACACAAAUCUAUAUUUCGGUCCAAUUUUUGUAAUAAUUAGUAUUCACCAUUAUAUUUACCUAUUUAUGUUUCGUAUAAAAUAUACAGUAAUGCAU